ACGUGAUUAAAACCAAGCCAAAAAUCGAUCAUCUCUCUCUCUCUCUCUCUCUGAAUCAAAUUCUAGGGUUUUCUCAGUAGUCACUACGCGAUCAGCAGACGGAAAUCGAGCAGAUAUCUUGAGGGCAGUUAUAAAACAUGACGACUGCAGCUCGACCCACUUGGGCACCUGCAAAAGGUGGCAAUGAACAAGGUGGUACUCGAAUUUUCGGCCCCUCCCAAAAGUACUCUUCAAGGGACAUGGCUGCUCACACAACUCUGAAGCCCAGAAAGGAGGGACAGGACACCAAUGACGAAUUGCAGAAGAGGAAUCUCCGUGAAGAGUUGGAGGACCGGGAGCGCAGGCAUUUUUCAUCAAAGGACAAGUCCUAUGGUGAUGAUCGAGAUCGUAGAAAAGGAGGCCACCUUCUACUGGAAGGGGCAAGGAGGGAUACUGAAGAUCGUCUCAUUCCACGGAGUGUAGAUGCUGACGAUGCUGAUGUGGAAGUUAAAAGUGAUGAAAGUGACGAUGAUGAGGAUGAUGACGAUGAAGAUGACACAGAAGCUCUUUUGGCUGAGCUUGAACAAAUAAAGAAGGAAAGAGCAGAAGAGAAUCUCCGUAAGGAACGACAAAAGCAAGAAGAAGAGCUUAAGGUCAAAGAAGCAGAAUUAAUACGUGGAAACCCUCUUCUUAAUAAUCCAACAUCUUUCAAUGUGAAAAGGAGGUGGGAUGAUGAUGUGGUGUUUAAGAACCAGGCUCGUGGUGAAUCCAAGACGCCCAAACGCUUCAUCAAUGACACCAUCAGAAGUGACUUUCACCGGAAAUUUCUGCAGAAAUACAUGAAAUAACUCUCACGAUUUAAGCUUAAGAAAGAUAACUUUCAGGACAUCUUUCGUAUGUACUAAACUCGCAAUAUUUGUGCUGUGUAUGAAUUUAGUCAAGAAAUGACUCAGAAAGUAGACAUCUCUGUGGUAUUUUGUUGUGAUAUUUGCUUUUCAAGGAACUUGACAAGAGAGAGUUGAUUUUCUGGAUUGAUCAACAUGGUGUUCUACUUUGUGUGCAUUUGCCAUUUCAGUGAUCAAUAAUUAUUGUUUUGAACGA